AUGCACUUCCUCGCCUCCGUCACCGUCCUCGCGGCGUCCAUCGCCGGCGCCGCCGCGUCCCCCCAGAAGAUGCAGCCCUACCGCCUGGCAGUCAUGAACCUGCCCGGCCAGGAGCUUCAGCGCCGCAGCACCAACGGCUACGAACCCGAGACGAGCCAGUGCGGCAAGGGCAACACCUGCGCCGAGGCCUGCGGUCCCGGCUACGACCAGUGCGCUACCACCGACAACGUUGCCCACUGCUUCAACCCGGCCGCCGGCGAGUCGUGCUGCACCGAUGGCUCUGGCAACUCGUGCGCCAAGGGCUACUACUGCACCCACGACCACUCCAAGCGCACCUGGUGCUGCCCCAACGAAAUGGACCUCGCCGCCUGCGCCGCCGCCUACACCGUCACCGGCGGCCUCGAGCAGGCUCGUUCCACCACCAAGCCCUCGACCACCUCGACCCCUCGUCCCCCUCCUCCUCCCACCACCUCGUCCACCUCGACGUCCACCUCGACGACCCCCACCACCACCUCGAAGCCCUCCACCACGAGCGUCGCUAUUAUCACCGAGACCAAGGACAAGAACACCACCGUCUGCCCUAGCAGCUCCGGCUACACGACCGCCUGGACUGGUGCUAACAACACCAUCACCACGGCCAAGCCUACCCAGCCCACCGUGGUCAUCCCCUCCACCACGAAGAACCCGCCGCCGCCCCCGACCAACGUCAACGCUGCCGCCGCCACCGGCGUCAGCGCCCUGCUGCUGGUCGCCGCUGGUGUCGUCGCCCUUCUGUAA